AUUUAGCUUUGUCAAACAAAUAAUAUUCUGCAGUUGGGCCAAUGGUAACAUUGUAAACAAACAGCCUUUUAAGAAGUAUGACAUCUAAUAUGAUAAAGUUUACAACCAAAAACCAUAGAGUUUACAAUCACAAUUAAUUUAUUUUAAAGGUUAUAGCAGCUGGUGUGAUUUUCUAAGAAUCCCUCUAUUUUGUGGAUAUAUCUUCCUUGCACAUGAAAUAAAAGUUUAUAGAAAAUGGUUAUGUGUUACAUUUGCUCAAAAAAUUUCUCUUUAAAUAAAAACCUUUAUGAACAUCUACGGAAUAGACAUAAAGUUUCUCCUGAGGUGCCUGGAAAAAUUCCUUGUUCAUUUAGAUGUGAGAGCAAAUUUCGCACUCAUAAAGAACUGCGCAGUCACUUAGAAUCUGUUCAUAAUCAUCCUGUUGAGUGUGAAAUAUAUGAAUUUCAUGACUUUGAAACAUUUGAAACCUGGAAGAAAAGGUAUGAAGAAACAACAGGUUAUGGGUACACACUUAGAGUAUCAGAGAGGGUACUGCGAAGUGGUGAAGCAAAAUCUCAUUAUAUAUGUCAUCGAUCUGGAGUCCAUAAAUCUGAAUCUAAAGGUCAGCGAAGACUCAAAAAGGGUGGAUCAAAUAAAAUUGGCACAACAUGUCCUUCUAUAUUAGAAGUAUCCAGAUCUUUGGCAGAUGGAAGUAUCAAAGUUAUUUUUUGGAAAACACACAUUGGUCAUGAAGCUGAUUCUGUGCAUUUACCCAUUCAUAAAACAAAAAAUACAAAAAAGCUAGAUACAAUUGAUUUUGAUGUUUGUGCAAUCCUACCUGCAGCUGGUAAAGGUGAACGCAUGGGAGUGGACACUCCAAAGCAGUAUAUACCUGUUCAUCAAAAACCAGUUAUAUGCUACACAGUUGAUGCAUUUCUGAGGUUACCUUUUAUCAAAAAAGUUAUUGUAGUUGCUUCAACUGGAAGUCUAAAUUUAAUGCUUGAAAAAUUGUGCCAAAAUUGUGUACUGCAAGGAGACAAGUUAAUGGUUACAGAAGCAUCAGGAACAAGACAUGAAUCUAUUAGAUCUGGAUUAAGAGUGCUUCAGACUUGCUGUGAAACUCUACCAGAAAUUGUAAUUGUUCAUGAUGGUGUUAGACCUUUCUUUCCUGAAGACAUUGUUUGUAAUCUUGUUAUGGCAGCUAAAGAAUAUGGGGCAUCUGGCAUUAUUUGUCCAUUAGUAUCUACAGUCAUCUCAAUAGAUGAUGAUAGCUUUUUAGAUGCUGCUUUGGAUAGAAGUAAAUACAAAGCUAGUGAAAUGCCCCAAGCUUUCCAGUAUGAAUUGCUAUCGAAAGCUUAUGAUUUAAUAUCACCCUCUGAUUUAGAAACAGGUACUGAAUGUCUUAAACUUAUUCUUGAUUAUACUGGAAUUAGAGCAAAGCUGUUACCUUCAACUUCACACUUAUGGAAAAUCACUCAUCGGAAAGAUAUUUAUGCUGCAGCAGCUGUAGUAAAAGAAAAUCAGUCUGUUGCUCUCAUCAAUAGUCAUACUGCGCCAGAGUUCGUACCUUUCUUAAAAUCAGCUCUUAGUCAAACAUUUAAAAGUGUUCACUUGGCUGGAAAAUUCACAGAUUCUUUGAACAAAUUUUAUAACCUUGUAAUCAUUCAUGAUCACAAUAACCCAUAUAAUUUGAUAGAGAAUAUGAACAUUUUUUGUAGUGAGCAGAAAUUAACACAACUUUGUUCAGUAGUUCAUAUUUUUAUGAAUAAUUUUGACAACACUAUAAAUUUUCUUGAAUUUCAAAAGCAAGCAAGAGACACUGCCAAAACUUUAAAGUCUGCAAAUAUACUAGUAUAUAUUAUCAUAAAAGAACAGACUGAACAAUCGGCAACAUUUGAAGAAACGGCAGAAUUAGUAAGAUCUCUUUUGUUUGAUUGUAAUGCAAGCAUCAGUGGAACUGUUUUUCUGUCAUGAUAAACAAAACAAUGUUCAUUAAAAUUAAUUUUUUAAAGGCAGCUUCUGUUGUAAAUAAAAAAAAAAAAUAGAAAGAAUUUCUGUAUAUAAUGAAAAUGCAUUCAAAUCUGUAGAUUAAUCAUAAUCCUUUCAUUGUUUUAAAAUUUAUUCUAUAUCAUGUAUAUUUGGAGGAUACAGAUAAUUACUCCUCAUGUGAUAAUGAUUAAAAUUUUCUUUUUCUAGAAUGUUAAGCUAAUAUUAAAAAUGAUUCUCACACAGGUGUUCUAUGUUGUAAACUAAAAUGAA